GCUUUGAUCAACACAAACUGAAAGAAAAGAGCAACGUACUUCAAUUUCCACAGAGAGAGAGAGAGAGUAAAAUGGGUGUCUCUAUUUUUUCAUUGCAAGCGUUUUUCAGGCUCUUUCUCUUCUCUUUCAUAACUUUGUGUCUCAGUUCUGAGCCUGCAGUUGCAAGCAUUACCAGGCACUACAAGUUUGAAAUCAAACUGCAAAAUAUCACAAGGUUGUGCCAUACAAAGAGCGUUGUAACAGUUAAUGGGCAGUUUCCCGGACCUCGGAUUGUAGCAAGGGAGGGCGAUAAUCUCCUUAUUAAAGUGGUUAAUCAUGUCCACAACAACAUCUCCAUCCAUUGGCAUGGGAUUCGACAACUUCGAUCCGGGUGGGCCGAUGGGCCGGCAUAUGUGACCCAAUGUCCUAUACAAACAGGUAACAGUUAUGUGUAUAACUACACGAUUGUAGGACAAAGAGGCACCCUUUGGUGGCAUGCUCAUAUUUCAUGGCUCAGAUCAACUGUCUACGGUCCUCUAAUCAUUCUUCCAAAGCGUGGUGUUCCUUACCCAUUUAUCAAGCCCUACAAGGAAGUACCCAUCGUCUUUGGAGAGUGGUGGAAUGCAGAUCCUGAAGCAGUCAUAAACCAGGCACUACAAACUGGUGGAGGCCCAAAUGUCUCAGACGCCUAUACCAUUAAUGGACUGCCAGGACCAUUGUAUAACUGUUCUGCCAAAGAUACUUUCAAGCUGAAGGUUCAAGCUGGGAAAACAUACCUUCUUCGCCUAAUCAACGCAGCACUAAAUGACGAGCUCUUCUUCAGCAUUGCAAAUCAUACCCUCAAAGUGGUCGAAACAGACGCCGUUUAUGUCAAGCCCUUCGACACCAACACCAUUCUCAUUGCCCCCGGACAAACCACAAACGUUCUUCUUAAAACCAAACCCAACUUCCCAAAUGCUACAUUUCUCAUGACCGCAAGGCCAUACGUGACUGGUCUAGGCACCUUCGACAACUCCACUCUUGCUGGCAUUCUAGAGUAUGAAACGACCGCAUUUCACUCAAACCUCCCACUGAACAAACUUCCACUCCACAAACCAACUCUCCCAGCUCUAAAUGACACAUCGUUUGCAACAAAGUUCGCCAGCAAACUCCGCAGCUUAAACACUCCACAGUUCCCAGCUAACGUCCCACAAAAAGUUGACAAGCGUUUGUUCUUCACAAUAGGACUUGGAACCAGCCCAUGUAGCCAGCAGCAGCACAACAACCAAACUUGCCAAGGACCCAAUGGAACUAUGUUUGCUGCUUCAAUCAACAACGUUUCUUUUACUAUGCCAAACACUGCCUUACUCCAAUCCCACUUCUCUGGCCAAUCAAAGGGGGUCUAUUCCCCUGACUUUCCGAUCAGUCCUUUAACUCCAUUUAAUUACACGGGAGCCCAGCUGAACAAUACUAAUGUGGGCAAUGGUACAAAGCUAAUGGUGCUUCCGUUUAAUACUAGUGUGGAGUUGGUGUUGCAGGACACUAGUAUUCUUGGUGCUGAAAGUCAUCCUCUUCAUCUUCAUGGGUUCAAUUUCUUUGUUGUUGGUCAAGGGUUUGGGAACUUCGACCAAAACAAAGACCCUAAGAAGUUCAAUCUGGUUGACCCUGUUGAAAGAAACACCGUAGGUGUUCCCUCCGGCGGGUGGGUUGCAAUUCGUUUCCUAGCAGACAACCCUGGUGUAUGGUUCAUGCAUUGUCACUUGGAGAUCCAUACUAGCUGGGGCUUGAAGAUGGCAUGGGUAGUCCUAGAUGGAAAACUUCCCAACCAGAAGUUGCUUCCUCCACCGUCAGAUCUUCCCACAUGUUGAUUGAUGUUUAACUCCUCGAGUUGCUUCUUGAAUUUUGGGACGAGGACUUGCUGACUUUAUUACCCAUUUUUCCAUUUUCUUUUGCUAAUUCCAUUUUAAUUGCUCUGUUCUAUUUUGGCCCAUUCAGUUUGAAUAUUUCUUGUAUUUAUCAAUGUGAGGUUUUUGUUGAUUUGAAUUUAUACAUGUUGAAUUGAGGAAAUAAAAAGGGUCAGACAACUGUAACCUUGUAAGAUUUACAAAUGAUAUAUUGGAACCUCUUGCGUA